UUCUAGGUUUCCAAAGUAACCAGUCAUAGCCUCUCUCCUGGCUAUAUCAUUGAUAUGACUUUUGACUACAUAAUUAGUUUACUUCAAGGAAAUUGCUCAUUGUGGUAGCUCAAGAUGCCAGAUCAACUAUCUAGAUACAGAGGAAUUUGGUGCCUGGUUAUUAUUAGAGUUUUAUGGCUUUCACUGGACUGGCCUAUGGUUUGGAUCCUUAGUAUAUUACAUCUGUUUAAAUUUCAUGUUUUAUGAAGAAAUCAAAUACGCUUUCAAUAAGUACCCUGUUGAUCUAUUAAGUUCUCCCAAGAUUGUAUUUAUAAAUUAUCUCUCUUAUCCUCACCUCCUUGGAAUUUUACAGAUAUCCAAAAAUGAUUGAGAUUGAACAGGCAGAGGCCCAGCUCUCUGAGCUAGACCUGCUCGCCAGUAUGUUCCCUGGUGAAAACGAGCUCAUAGUGAAUGACCAGCUGGCUUUAGCAGAAGUGAAAGAUUGUAUUGAAAAGAGGACAAUGGAUGGACGAUCUUCAAAAGUUUACUUUACUAUCAAUAUGAACCUGGACAUAUCUGAGGAAGAAAUGGUGAUGUUUUCUCUGGCCUGUAUUCUUCCCUUUAAAUACCCUGAAGUUCUGCCUGAAAUUACUGUCAGAUCAGUAUCACUAAGUAGAUCUCAGCAGACUCAGCUGAACACAGAUCUAACUGCAUACCUGCAAAAGAACUGUCUUGGAGAUGUCUGUAUAUUGAAUGCCACAGAGUGGGUUAGAGACCAUGCUUCUGGCUAUAUCAGCAGAGACACCACACCUUGCCCUGCUCCAGGAAGUACAGUCCAGCAAGUUGAUCUCAUUCUCACAAGACUGUGGAUCUAUAGCCAUCACAUCUACAACAAAUGCAAAAGAAAGAAUAUUCUAGAGUGGGCAAAGGAGCUUUCCCUCUCUGGAUUUAGCAUGCCUGGGAAACCUGGUGUUGUCUGUGUGGAAGGCCCACAAAGUGCCUGUGAAGAAUUCUGGUCAAGACUCAGAAAAUUAAACUGGAAGAGAAUUUUAAUUCGCCAUCGAGAAGACAUUCCUUUUGAUGGUGCAAAUGACAAAAUUGAAAGAGAAAGAAAAUUUUCAUGUUUUGAAGAAAAAGUAUUCAGCGUGAAUGGAGCCCGAGGAAACCAUAUGGAUUUCGGUCAGCUGUAUCAGUUUUUAAAUUCCAAAGGUUGUGCAGAUGUUUUCCAGAUGUUCUUUGGUGUGGAAGGACAAUGACUGAGCAGAGGAGUAGUUGAAAGUAUUUUGUCACUGUUGGCCUUUCGACCUUUCCCCCCUCUGUCUCUUGAAAGAUGAAGUAAUUCU